CAACAGUCGCUUCAGUACGCGUGCACCGGCGGUCGAGUGCGGUCAAACUCAUCGCGGCUUCCCGCUAUUUUCGUUCAAGGCGCACAAAAUUAUCGAUAAGCCGGCAAACUUCUUUCGUACUCGCGUCUCGCAGCACGUUCAGUGGAUUCACGUAUUAUCAGUACGUUUAUUCGACACUUGUUACGGUUAAUCAAAUUGCAAAUCGCCGUGUGACGGAUGACUGAGGUUACGUUUUCGAAGUUAAUGUGGGAGCGCGAGAGAGAAGGGCGCGCAAUGGAGAGCUGCUACAAACUGUACACAUGGAUCAACCAUACAGUCUUGAUGCUGUUGCUGCAGAUAUUCUGGAAGAUGAGCCAGAUAUCGGACUAUUUUAAAGAAAAGUCCAUAGAGGAUAAGAAGACGGAUUCGUUUAUAUUUUCACCCUUAUCCAAAGAGUCGAAGUUAAGACGGCAUAUACGGUCGAUGUCUGAUGUCCAAAACAGUACUCCGUACAGACUGCCGUUCAGAUCAAGGAAGGGCACCAACAGGAUACUAACUUACGAUUCUGAUACGAGAAGCAAAAGGAUAAUGACUUACAAUAGACACAGACUACUGGAAUCAUCAGAUUCCAGCGAUUUUGACGCGGCAAAGAAUAAUCUAUGCAUAGAGCGUAAUAUUAAGAAGCAUACAGAUUCAAUGAGAGUACUUUAACAUGUAAAGAUCUGACUGAGGAAUGCUCUACAAUCUAGAUGGGACUAGAAUGUAUAUGUUGGGUUUCUAAUUGUUAUUGACUAUUCAAAGACUUUCUGAUGACGUGUUCCCAACAUGAUCUACAAAGACUAAAAGACUGUGAUUGUGUUAGAUUUAAUUAUUUUAAGCAAAAUUUAUUGUAAAAUAAGUGAUGUAGAAUUUAAGACAAUCUCAAAAAAUGUAACAAUAUUUCAAUAAUGAGUAUAUCCUGUACCAAAAGAUUUUGUUCUCUCUGUUUUCUUUAAAGAAAAUAAUGACAGUAUGUUUUUGUAAAGAAUAGCAGUGGAAACUGACGUUAAAAUUUUUAGACAAGCUUUAUAAAAUGUUCCACUAUAUUUGUUUGCAUUAUUUCAACAAUUAAUAAGUCGUGCACAGGGGUGGCAAAUUUAAUUACGCAUACCACAAUAUAUGUUAAAAGUCUUGGAUUCCCAACCGUCACCCUGCUCUGUCAGAGACAGAUGAAAAUGAAAAAUUUCAUCCGUCCCGCCUUUUGCUACGAGGGGACGGUUGGAAUUUAUUUCAUUUCGUAACGGUUUCAUCUAUCACCUUUUUGGUGAUGUGGGACUAAAAGGUAGGACAGAUGAAACUUUUUAUUCCCACGUGGGGACAGAGCGGGGUGACAGUUGGGUAUAAUCCAAAGUCCUAGCCUGAACAAUGAACUUCAGUAAUUCUAAAAUAUAAUUUACUUUAAAUCGUUUAUCACCACUGCAUUGUAACAUAAACUGACACCAAAUUUUGAUUAUUACUUAUUCCGUAAUUAGGUGCAAUAACACUAAUUUAUGUGAUUAUUUAAUAUUCUAUUAUGUUAUUACGUGAUGUAAAUAAUUUCAUUGAAGUAUUAACUAAGACAAUUUUGUAAAUAAAUUAAUAUUUGUUGUACAACAGUCGUUGAGUUUAAAAUUUUUGUAAUGUAAUAACAUCACUGCAUUUUAUAUAUCCCAAUUAAUACAUUGUAUUCCUUGACUAAAAUGCAUAAAUAUUGUUUGUUUUUUAAAAAGUUUGCGCACAAUUAUAAUUGAUGAUAUUCGUGCCAUAACAUGUUUUCUAAUGGCUUCUAAUUUUAUUUU